UUUCUAUUUUUUUGAAUUAGUACCUACUGCACUAAUAGUACUUAUAUCCUCUGUAUAUAAAUGGUGUUGUAUUUCAAUCCGAGAGUGUGAACAAUAUUCUAACUUAAUGAAUGAAGUUCUGUUCCAUUUUCUCUCUAGGUAUAGUUUCUGCAUCAAGGCAUGAACUAAUCUUCAUGUAAUCUGUUCUUGCUUCAAGUUCAGUUGUUAACAAGAUAUCCAGAGCUUGAAGAUCCCACCUUUCUUUUUCUCUUUUCUUUAAUUGUUCUCUUCCUUUUCUUUCCUCUUUCUUCUCCCUUGUCUAUCAUUCCUUUCGUGAAAAUUUUUUCCCCUUUCUUGGAUUCAAUCAUAUCAAUCACCCUGUCCGAAUCAUCCACAAAGAAAUCCAUCUCUCUUCAGUUUUUAAUAAGCUGGACAACAACAAUUACAAUACGUAGAGAUAUCAGGUGUUGCUUACAAUUCAGAGCUUAAGUCCUAAAGAUCACCUUUACUAAGCAAAAAUUUCACAACAAUAUGAAGAAGAUGCUGCCAAGAAGACAAAAACUGAAACUGAAGCCUUCAAAUAAUGGAGACUUGAUGAUCUCACUCUAUCAACCUGGAUCCUUGCAUCCGUUACCAAACCAUUCAAAAACAAGAUUUUUCAUUGUCAUCAAUUUCAUGAGAUUUAGAAUACACUCAAUGACUAUUUUUGAAACGUCAGCUACCAGAAUUCAAAGCUUGAAAGCUCAAUUGAAAUGUGUAAGAAAAACUAGCUCCAUCCAAGAUUAUCUUUCCCAAAUCCAAGACUUGGUUGGUUCUCUGCAAUUGAUUGGAUAUCAGAUUUAACAAGACGAUCAUAUCUCAACAAUUCUUGAUGGUUUGUCCGAGGAGUAUACAGUGUUCAACACCUCUGUACUGUCAAAACUAUCCACCUAUAAAGUUCCUGAAAUUGAAUCCUUUCUCAAAGCCUAUGAUGACAUGUUGGAAAGAUACAAAAAAAACCCCACGGUGGCAUCCCCAUGGCUAACCUAACACAAACACAAUCCCAGCUUACCUUUCCAUCGGAUAGGGGCUCCUGGUCUCGACGCAGAAGAGGCGACAGGUUUGGCAGAGGAGGUCGUUCUUCUAAUCAAGGCAAUCGACCUCAAUGCCAGCUUUGUGGUUGCCUGGGUCAUGUGGUUCAAACCUGUUUUCAUAGACUUGACCCUAAUUUUCAAGCCUAUGGCACUAGUUCCCCUUCACCACAGCCUGUGUAUCCUUACUCUAACACUCAACCACCGCCUCCAUCAUCUCAAUUUCAUCAAUCCCGCGCCUACUUCUCCAACCCUAAUCUCAAUCCAGAAUCGGUAUGGUAUCUAGAUUCGGGAGCAAGCCACCAUGUGACACCAGAUUCCUUCAAUUUAUUGCAUUCAACUUCUUCAACUCCAGAUUCAGAUCAAUUAUUUGUAGGUAAUGGCCAAGUUUCUUGCAUGUAACAUGCAUUAGUUGCUGCAUGCGAAGCAAAGGUAAAUCUGAGCAUGUAGGAGAAAGGAGUGUAAAACUUUUAUCGCGGAUGGCACAUUUAUCGCGGCUUGGUUUUAAAUAUGAGCUCAAGGCUUGGCACGAAUACAGAAUCUAUAAGGGAAAGACAAGAGGUAUAAUGAUAAUAAUAAUAAUAAUAAUAAUCAUUCUCUUUUAUCGAAAAUAUGUUAGUUUU